CCCACUCGAUAUGUGUAAACAACUCGCAAUUGUGACAUUAGCCGUAUUGGCUAAUUUCACUCAAGCAGACUUAGUCAAAAAAUUCCAAAAAUUGCAGCCCCCCAACUGCCAACAAUACACGGAGCAACUAGUUGGGCUUUUUACCCUAAUGUGCAAUAAUGUGGCGAUCAACGACGAGGAUAAUUUGAUGAGGGAUGCGUGUGUUGGGUGUUUCCAACAGGCAUCAACCUCAAAUAACAAUCAACCGUCUCUAACCGAUUUAAUGAAUUGUGGGGACAAUUAUUUAGCUGGGACGCGAUACGAAGACUGCUCCUCUCAAAUAGACGCGAAUCCAGGCACGGGCCCGUGUGUGGCAGGUUAUUGCCGGUUUGUAACUUGCAUCAGACGAGUCAACUCCGAUUUACUGAUAGCCCAAUGCUACGCAGAAGCGUCCGUUGAUAACGACGCACUUAUCGAAGAGGAUCAAAUCGUCCUAGUCAAAAACAUAACAUCUUGUAUUUUAGCUCGGACAAGGUGUGCACCCAUUAACCCGAUAAGUGGGCAACAACAGUCGAGCUUUCUUACCACAAAUACUUACGAUAAAUGGGGAAAACCGAAAACCACGACUGUAGCUUUGUUUAAUUCCCUACAAAUCACUCCCGAGGGUGAUUUACGCAUUAUUCAACUUCCAGGAACAACAAAGAUUCAAAAUUAUUUCUGUACAGCUCAGCCGAAUUUACGAGAAUCGUCGUGGCUGGAAUAUUCCUGUUAA